AUGCGUGACCCAAACUUGCAUAUGGAGGCCAUCGGGGGCAGCGUCUCCCAGCAUCGGCCGGCCUGGCAGCCCGGUGCGGGAUCUCUUGGGUACCACAUAACCUACGGAGCAAUCCGCCGAACCAGCUUAUGUAGCUCUGCCGGUAGAGUACAGACAAAUUCGACGGCUCCCCAGCAGCGUUCAGCCGAAAUCGCAGCAGAAGUCACAGCAAGAUAUGGUCCUUUCACCUGUCGGCCGCGAGACUUUCACCAUAUCACUCACCACACCAGGAGCAGGGUCUUCACCAAAGGCAAGGGCGCCAGCCAAGGCAACCCUUGA